UGUCUAGGUUUGGGGUCCAGACGUAGAUAGAUUGUUUUAGUUGUUGCCAAACACCAAUCGAAAUCUUUAUUAUCUAUUUAUUCCCGAUGGAAUUAUGAUAAACUCUAUUGAAUUGAACAAAGAAAAGCAAAUCUAUUAUCGCGAGAUUGAACCAAAAAUGUCGUUAGGGCAAAAGGGUUCGGGGGAUCCAGGUGCGAUGCUCACUUCCCUUCUGAACAAGCGAGAGAAGCUUCGACAAGACUUACGGAGCAUCGAGAAGCAGGUUUAUGAAUUGGAGACAAGCUAUCUUCAAGAAUCGAGCCAUAUAGGAAAUGCCUUGAAGGGUUUUGAAGGCUUCCUUUCUUCGUCCAAAAGCACUGCCAGUGCUAAGAGGUCAAGGAAGUUUCAGCCUGAAGACAGAGUCUUCUCAUUGUCCUCAGUCACCUCACCUGCUGCUGAAGAACUUGGUGUUGGAAGAGAAGAUGGACGAGCUGAAUUGGGCCCAGGGAGAUCCAAGGGUGGAUUGUCCACGGGACAGGGAAAACCGAAGAAAGGGAGAGGGCACGGAGUAGCAAGAGAUGCAAAGAGAAACAGACCAUCAGAACCAGAUUAUGACGACGAAGAUGAUCCGGAUGCGAGAUGUAGAGAAGGCAGCUUUAGGAAUGUGAGAGUGGAAUUGGUUGGCAUGCAUCAUCAUUUGAUUCAUUGUUUGUGAUCGAAGCUUUUAAUAGAAUUUUCUCUUCUGGGUCCGACUUUAUUGUUCUUUCCCUUUUUGCCUCUUUGUACUAUUACCUUUUUAAUAAGCAGAAAAUGAAAACUCUUGCCAACAA